AACAACCAUUACUUCCAUCUCUUCCAGCCAUCGAGAGGACCGCGCUACCAGCUGUCAUGUCUCGACGUGCGACUCCUUCCCAGGCUGCUCAGAACCAGCAGAUUAUCAAGAACCUGCUGAAAAUCGAAUGCAAUAAGAUAUGUGCUGAUUGCAAGCGCAACAAGCAUCCGCGAUGGGCCUCAUGGAAUUUGGGAAUCUUCAUAUGUAUCCGUUGCUCGGGCAUCCACAGGGGGAUGGGCACCCAUAUCAGCCGAGUGAAGUCUGUGGAUCUCGAUUCGUGGACCGAUGAACAGCUCCAGAGUGUUAUCAGAUGGGGCAAUGCUAGAGCGAACAAAUACUGGGAAGCGAAACUGGCGCCUGGUCACGUCCCCUCGGAAGCUAAGAUCGAGAACUUUAUCCGCACUAAAUAUGAUUCAAAGCGGUGGGUUAUGGAUGGGCCAAUGCCCGACCCGGCAACAUUGGACGUGGGUGACGACAACGUGCCUCUUGCGGUCGUCCAGGAAAAGGCAAAGAUCGAGCGUUCCUCGUCUCAACGUGUAGCGAAUACUAGCCAACCUCCGAUCACACACCGACCCCAAGCAUCUAUCGACUUUUUCGGUGAUGACGAGCCAAUUACUCCCCCGUCGCAAUCACAGCCUGCCGCAAAGCCGGCUCGACCGGGUGAUUCGUUGCUGGGACUCGAUUUCUUCGGGAGCGCUCAGCCCGCGACCGCCAGCCGUCCAGCCAGCACCGCGUCUACCCCUGGUGGCUCGACCGGAAUGUCUCGACCUGAUUUGAAACAAUCCAUCCUGUCUCUUUAUUCCAAGCCCCAGCCUCCCGUGCAACAUGAGCGCCAGUCUUCGUUUGGAGAUUUAGCAUCUCCGGCCCCGCAAUCGGCGGCUUCCAACUUGGGCGGACUGACCGACGCCUUCAGCGGACUGAGCUUUCCUUCGACCACUUCUCCGCCUUCCAAGCCAGCUGAAAAGCCCUCGCCUUUUGCCAAUUUGACGAGCUUUGCCAGCGCCAAAUCCACUCCGGCGGCUCCCAAGAUCACGUCACCUACCGCCUCAGCCAGCAGUGGCUUCGGUGGCGGUCUCUUUGACAGUCUUACCUCUCCGACUAUCCCACCUGCGAAGCCUCAACCUCAGUCCCGUACCGAUUCCAUCUCAUCCAGUAGCCAUGAUUUGGGCUUCUCCAACUUUGCCUCUGAUCCCUCGCCCAAGCUGAACCCUCCACGAUCAUCCUUCUCCAACGAUCUCUUCGGACUCUCUUCGCCCCCGGCUCCUGCAGCUCCUGCAGCUGCACCACCUGUGACGACGUCGCCUCAGCAGGAGCUCAAAUCCGCUUUCAACCUGAGCGGUCCUGCUCCUGCCCCAGCUCCGAAACCGGUAACCUCGACAUCCACAGCCUCCGUUGCGAGCAUGAUCCCCAACGUGGACCCUUGGGGCGGUAACGAAUGGAGCACUCCGGAACCCGCUGCCCCUGCCCCAUCCAGCUCAACCAUGAUGAAGGUCCCCGACACACUGACGGCAAACGACAUUGGCGCCGGUUGGGGAGCCCCGGCCUCCCCCGCUGCAAGCUCGAAAGCCGCGCCCACCGUAGCCGCCGACGAAGACUUUGGCGGUUGGGCCAGUGCUGCACCCAUCUCGACUACGACCACAACAACAACCACGACUACGACGACCUCGAGCGCUCCCCUAAACCGGCUGGCGGACUUAGGCGCCAGAUCAAUGCGAAUUUAUUCUGUUCUCUCACUUCCUCGACUGGACUGGCUGGUUCCUGUUGGUGUCAACGAAAGUACUCCUCUGUCUUUGACACAAUGA